UUCGCUAUUAGGUUUUGCUUCAAACUCCCUCGCCUCCUCUUCUCUUCUCUUCUUCUUCUUCUCCGCUUUCAGAGCUCCAACAAAACGGCGGCGGAUCAUAAGGAGAGAAGAUGGCGGCGCCAGAAGCUCCAGUUAAGUACGUCGGAAUCAUAAAGGAAUCCGCCGCUUUCCGGCUAAUGAAAUCCAUGGGUUGGGAAGAAGGGGAAGGACUUGGUAAAGAUAAGCAAGGUAUCAAAGGCUAUGUCCGAGUCAAGAACAAGCAAGACACAACUGGUGUUGGGGUUGAUAAGCCUAAUCCAUGGGCAUUCGAUACUACUCAGUUCGAUAAUAUUCUCAAGAAACUCAAAGUGCAAGCAGCUCCUAGCAAGAAAGAUGAUGCUUCGGAGAAGGAAGCUGAAAGUGAAAGUGAAGAUGAGGCUGUCAAAUCUGAGCCUGCCAAGGUUUCUAAAGUUACACGUCCACAAGGAAGGUAUAAACGUAGAGAGAAGGGGAAGCUUGUCAACUCUUACUCUUCUAAAGAUCUUGAAGGAAUACUGGUUAAGCGAACUGAGGAGCCUUCUCCUGCGGUUUGUGACAUAGCCGAUACUAUGGAGAUUGAAAUUAUAUCUGAAGACCAACAUGCUAGUGUUACAGAACAGAAUGUCGAAGAACCUUCUUCAGACUGGUGGGGAUUUAAAUCCGGGUUUGUCUCGGGUGGUCUUCUUGGAGCCAAGUCUGGCAAAAAGAAAUCAUCCAAGUCUAACGAGAGAAAAAUGUUUUGUGAGGACGAUCAAGAGAAUCUAUACAACAUGGUUCAGGAUAAAGCCACGGCUGGAAAACAAGGACUGGGUAUCAAGGACCGUCCAAAGAAAAUAGCUGGUGUUCGUUACCAAGGAAAGAAAACUUCUUUUGAUAACAGUGAUGAUGAUGAUACUGAUGAAGAGGAAGAAGAAGAAGAGAGUGAAGAUGAUGAUGACAAGGACUCUGUUGUUGAAAAUUCUCUCUCAGCAAAAAGGAAGCGCGAAGAGAGUGAAGAAGAAGACGAGAAAAACUCUGUUAUCGAAAGUUCUCUCCCAGCAAAAAGGAAGCGUGGUGAAAUCAUUGAACCUAAGAUCAAGUUGAAGAACCUGUGCAAGCAGAUUAUUAAAAAGAAUGCUGGUAGUGGUGGAUCCAUGAAGCUGAAGCAGCUUAAAUCUCUAAUUGAUGGACAUUCACCAUCAGUUCUCUCAGAGUUCUCGUCAAGGAAAGAUGCUAUUUCUUACUUGAAACUUAAGCUGGAGAGAAGUGGGAAGUUUAUUGUGGAGGGAAAGAAGAUCAGUCUCGUAUCAAAAAAGAAGUGAGUGAGGACAAAUAUCAUUAUACCUGCUGCGUAGGAAAAUGGAGAUUAGGGCAAGUUUUGUUACUGAAUCAACAUCAUGCCGUAUGUGUAACAAGUAUCAUCGUUUUAAAAAGAUUUUUCUUGUGUUUUAUAAUCAAUUCAUACAUUCUAUGAGAGUUUUUGCAUAAAACUCCACAAUAAUCUCUUUUAUUUAAGAACAGAUAGAAUGCAUGUUGAUGUAUUUGAACAUAAGGCAAUACAGAGCUUCAAUUUCAGUUCUCUUAUAAUGAGAGUGACUACUCC